AACUUAAACCAGGGAAACAAAACGACUUGUGUGUAGUUGUAUGCAAAUACCACUUUGCCAAAGAGUGGGUGCUAGUGUGCAAUUGUGUCUAAUUCAUGUGAAACCAGUGCUGAGGAAGCAGGAGGGUGGGGAGGAUCUGCUGAAACAGCCGUGUCCGGGAUCGAGCCGACACACAGUCUGGAAAGUUUGAUUUGAAGAGGGCAAGUUCUCUCACAUGUCAUGGCUUGAAAUGUUGGUGUUCGCCAAAGUAGAGCGGGAGCGAACGGCGCCGCGCUGAGGUUGAGAUAUUUACGCUGGAGUAGAAGCUGGGCCGGAUCAUAACACACACAUACAGAGGGAGAGAGAUAUAGGGAGUUCCGCGAAACCACGAACCAACUCCUUCUGCACUUUUUGUGGAGGGGAGAGGGGAAGUUCACACACACAUUGGCGGUUUUUUCCCCCAAAUCCAGCUGUGUGCAGCGCUCUACGCCGCUCAUACCCGGAAUAAUUUCACAUCGCUUUGUGUUGAACAUUGCCUCGUUCCUUGCUGUUACUAUUAUAGCCGAACAAGGGAAGACAGAAAAAAAAAGUCUGCUGACGAGAAGUUGGAAGAGAGCUGUUGUAAAAACUGAGAGUGAUGGAAAUGCAGGUAUCAGAAUCUGGGACUGCAACUCUGCCUACUUCAGGCAAAAGAUCCAAGCCAAAAGCCCCAGCACCACCAAUAUUCUCCAAGCAUGUUGAGAGUUCUUCGGUAACUAAGAGCCGAGAGGGUGAAGGUAAAACCAUGGAACAGGAAAACAACAAUGUGAACAGUUACUUUGAUUUGACUGUGGUUCUGCCAGGAGGAAUGGAGCAAUUGGCCAGUAUAAAUGGAAGCACACCCAUGAUGGAUUUGUUAAUUUUCCUUUGUGGCAAGUAUCAUUUGAAUCCUUCAAAUCAUACUAUAGAAUUGAUGGGAAGGGAGAAGAAUCAAGUCCAGUUCAAACCCAAUACAUUGAUUGGGGCAGUUGAGGUGGAGAAAAUUAUUCUGAAGCAGAAAAAUAUAGAAGAAAAGAAAAAGCCUGUAUCAAUGAUGCCUGAGCAAACAGUACGUGUUGUAGUAAACUACAAGAAAACACAGAAAACCAUAGUACGUGUUAGUCCUCUUGUUCCUCUUCAAGAACUUGUUCCAGUAAUCAGCAAUAAAUGUGAAUUUGAUCCAAAAAGCACUAUUCUCGUGAAAGACUUUGAGUCUAAGGAGCCCUAUGACUUAUCAAAAUCUCUAAAGGAGCUUGGCAUACGAGAGGUAUAUGCAUUGGACACUAGUGUAGGAUUCUCCCAGGCUAAUUUUCAAGAUGGAUCCAUUCAGCAAGGACAAUUUCACAUUCCUGCAAAUACAAAUCUGGAGAAGGAAAAUAAAGGUUUCUUCAAUGUGUUUAGACUGAGUAAGAAGAAACGUGAAAAACCAGCAAGUGCUCCUGCAACCCCACUAGUAAGCCAGCAAAGACCUCUUGGCAUGAGCAGUGCAAGUGCUUAUUGCCCAACAUAUGAAUCUAAUACCUUACCUUCAGAUCUGCCAAAGAAAAGACGGGCACCUGCACCCCCGCUAACUGUUUCACAGAGUUUUCCAAAAGAUUUAACUCAGCAAUCAUCGACUAGACCAACGUCGUAUGUUUUUCCUGAUGAUUCUGUGAAUUCUACUGAACAGGUUUUGCAAAACAUGACAGGUUCUAGCAGACUAAGAACGGGGUCACUUGGUGGUGAAGUUGCAACUACAAGAAAAACCAAAAGAAAGGCUCCUCUGCCUCCAACUAAAAUAGGAGAUCCAAAACCCCAAGAUAAUAAAUCAGAUUCUAAUCGAGGAUCGGCAGAUUUAUGCCCAAGUCCUGAUGCUGCAGAUAAGGCUUCUGCUAGCAAAAUACCAGAUACCUCAGCUGAUGGUCAAGCUGGCAUUGAAUCGGAAGGUAAUCUUGAAGAGAUUACUGAAACAGAAGAAAUCAGAGUUCCAGACGUCGAUGAUACUAAAGCUGUUGUUAGUAAAGGAGAAGAGGCACUGUGCUCACCAACUUCCCUAAAUGUCGCAUCCAAUUUUCAAAAUGUACAGACUUCGGAUGAGUAUAGUUCGUUUGCUGUGACAGAUAAAGAAACUAAUAUCAAAUCUGAGGGCAAAAUAAGUACAGCUGAAGAUGUUUGCAACCAAAUCGUGACAGAAAAGGAUAAAAAUUCAAAGACAGAUAUAGAUCAGGAUCUAUCAGUGACAAACACAAAUGUUGAAGAACAACAGAUUGCAGAAAAUAAACACAGUGAUAUGUAUCAGAGAGAUUCAGAUGGAAUGCCAAGCGUGAAGACCAUGUUACCACCCGAUAAACGAAUAACAGGAGAGUCGAUUCAAACUUCAAAAGAAACGAGCAUUUCUGGUGAUGCUGGAACCAGUCCUGCGGCAAGACAUUCUGCCAAUUCUCCAUCAUCAAAUUUACCUGAUAAAGACAAUCAAAAACAUUCCGACACAGUGGAGAUCAAUGAGCUGGAAAUUAAAAAAAGUAAUUCUGAAGAGUCUGACAAAGAAGUAGAUUUUCGGAAUGUCCACUCUACUGAGACAACAGAGAGUACCGUUAUCCUAACAUCUUAUGCAACCUUGAAAGGCACUUCUGCAGAAUGCCCACAAGGCAAUAAUUUUACUCUGCUGGAGUCUUCUGAGCAACAGAAUUAUGCGCCAGCAUCAAAUAUGUCUGCUGAUGCACUUGAAUGCACACUUGCUGAUAAGCAGGAUAAGAUGCCUCUUAACCAACCAGCUAAAGAAUGUUCAGCAUCCAAUGAUUCUCUUGCAUCAUUGUCAACCAAAGAUGCCAGCAAAAGUCCAGAAAGUCCGACAAAGAUUCCAGUGCUAUAUAAGUGUGAGUCUGAGCCUAAACCUAAGCCUUCAAAUGAAAUCACAAGAGACUAUAUACCAAAGAUUGGAAUGACAACCUACAAAAUUGUUCCCUCAAAGUCAUUAGAAAAUGAAGCAUUUGUCACGUAUGGAGUCAUGCCAGAAGCUGAAAUACCAGAUCAGCAAACAGCAUCUUAUGUUGUCACAGUGCCUGACAUUUCAAAAGAGUCAACAAAGCAGCUUGGUACAUCAGAAGAACCUCUAACUAACGUAAUAAGAGAGCUAACCGCUUUUCACCAAGGAGCUCACUUUGAUAAAAGUGCUCAAGGAAGAUCCAUUAAUCCUUCCAUUAAAACCUCUCACCUAGAAACAACAGAUUCCAAAUUGCUGGCUGAUACUGAAGAUGCACAAUCCAAGGUGCAAGUAAAUAGAAGAACUCAGAGUACUUCAGAGAGGAAAAUGAAGCCUGGAUCAGCCUUCCUCCAGCUGCAUAAAAGGAGCUCAGGACAAUAUGUUAGCUCUGCACUAGCUAGAAGUGCUAGUUUACCUUCUCAGUCCAGCAUUGAUAGAGGUGAUAAAUUCUCACCAAAGGGGGAAAAUGGAUUGUCAUUUCAGGAAGUUACUCCAACAAAUGCAGAUGAUCUAAAUGUUAUAAUUCCACCACCUCCAGAAUUUACUGUAAUUUCUGAAGAGAAUGCCCAGACAGAAUUACCUAAAUCUGGGGAGACGUCUAUAUCUCGACCUUCAAAACCUCCCAAAGUACCAAAGAAGCCAUCUGUUCGUGUAACAUUAGCUGACACAAAAGCUGUCAGAACUACUGUUGCUGCAAAAACAUACAGCCCUACCUCACCAUCACCUUUUGCUCGUGCGGUGACUUCAGCAGUCAAGAAAGCACAAACAAACCCAACGUAUUCCUUUAAACCCAAGAGUGCUGGAAUUGAUUUAUCAACCCUGUCCUCUCCAACUAAUUCUGCAGAAAGAGAAUUGCAUCCAGCUUCAACAGUUCAUAAUGAGUCCAGUCACAACAGCUUACCAAAACAGACUUUGUCUUCUGUAGGAGGACAAGAAAUGGAUUGCUGUAAAAUAGUGGGAAAUGAAGCACAGCACGUUCAACCACAAUUGCCAUCUCCUUUAAGUACAUCAAAACCUACUUUAAUUUCCCAAAUGAGUGACCCAGGAGAAAUUCACCGAGCUGUUCUGGAUGCUGUUCGCUCAGGAGAAGGAGCUGCCAGACUUAAAAAGGUGGACACACUUCCCAUGAUGUAACUAUUUGCAUUAAUAAUUUACUAAAACAAAGUUGAUCAGCUUUAAUUUUAAAUUUAUUCAGUUACAGCUGACAUAUUAUCCAACAAUUACUAAACUCUGUAAUACACAGUUAUGAGUAUCUUCUUGCACUACAUAUUGCAAUUCACUGGAAUGUAAGGGGCCUUGGCUCAAAGUUGACUCGAUGUGAUAGCUGUAAUUGUGAACCUGAAAAUACAAAUAUCUGUACUAUA